GUCCCGGUGGUCCCGGUAUGGAGCAGCUGGAGCUGAGCAGCAGGAUCAGAGCCGCCGUGAGGAGAGCUGGCCUGAGCUCCGUGGGGGACGUGCUGGGUUUCUCGGGCCGGGACCUGCAGAGACUCACCGGUCUUUCUCACUCUGAUGUCGAUCAGCUGAUCCUCGCCGCCGCCGCUGCCGCCAGCCGGGGCCAACCAAUCACAGCUCUGGCCCUGACCCGCGGGUUCGAGUCCGGCCGCAGACUCAGCCUCGGCUGCCCAGUGCUGGACCGGCUGCUGGGGGGGGGGCUGCCUGUGGGGGGGGUCACUGAGCUGGCAGGGGAGAGCGGAGCCGGGAAGAGCCAGCUGGGCCUGCAGCUGUGCCUCUCAGUGCAGUACCCCCCCCACCACGGAGGCCUGGGCGCAGGAGCGGUGUAUAUCUGCACAGAGGACAGGUUUCCCAGCAAGCGUCUCCAGCAGCUGAUUGGCCUGCAGCGUCUUCCCGCUGACAUCACCUGUCUCACCUUCACUGACCACAUAUACAUAGAACACACUGCAGACCUGGCGUCCCUGCAGACCUGUCUGUCUCUCCGGGUCCCGGUCCUGCUAGCUCGUGGUCUGGUCCGUCUCGUCGUCGUGGACUCGGUGGCGUCUUUGUUCAGGUCGGAGUUCCAGGCUUCUGAUUGGCUGGAGAGGACGAGACAGCUGCUGAGCUUCUCUUCCUGUUUGCAUCACCUGAGCCACGAGUUCAACACACCUGUCCUCUGCAUCAACCAGGUGACAGGUGUCUUCAGCAGCUCCUCUGUGGACUCUUUGGGGCCUCUGUCCUCCAGCGUGUCUCCGGCUCUCGGCUUGGCCUGGGCCAAUCAGGUGCUGGUACGGCUGAUGAUGCGUCGCCUUCAGGGCACGGUUGCCCGCGGCGACGAGCGCAGCGCCCUCCGCAGGCUGGAGGUGGUGUUUGCUCCUCACCUGGCCCAAGAUGGCCGAAACGCUGCCGUGUGGACGGAGGGCGUCCGCGGCCUCGAGGACGCCACAUAAACACAGCUGCUGCAUGAGACUGAUGAUGUCACUGAUGACCUCACUGAUGACCUCACCGAUGAAGUGACAGCGUGUGUCACAUGACCUGAGCUCCU